AUGGCCAAACCUUACAACUCCGUCGAAGAGCAGCGGCAAGCCGUCCCUAUCGCUCGUUUUGUGACUUCUCAAUCACCAAAUGGCGCUCUACUUGUCAUGAACGUCUUCAUCAAGCCGGACAAGCUUCAUGACUACGUCAAGAUCGUAACGCCGGUCGUGCAUAAGAUCCGCGAGAUGUCGGAAUGCCAAUUCUGCGAAAUCAGCACUCAUCCGGAAGACAAGGGGCAUGUCAGGAUUGUGCAUAGCUGGACCAAAGACAGCGCCUGGUUCAAGGAAAACGUGGAGCCGACGGUAUGGUUUGGAGAGUAUAUCAAGGCACUCGCCCCUAUGCGCGAUCCCAAUCGAGCUCGUAAGAACUUCUGCCCCCCUGGUGGCGGCUUGAUGUCCAUAGAUGGGGGUACCCUGUCCAAAGCCUCAAAACUGACGCUCGUCAACACUUCAGGUAUUAUUGAGCAUUUCGAUCGAGUUCUCAUAUGA